AUGCUUGUGAACAAAGCUUUUUUUUGUUCUUUUAACUUGUUCGACCAAAGCGUAGUUCUUUCUUUCUUUCUUUCUUUCUUUCUUUCUUUCUUUCUUUCUUUCUUUCUUAUAAUACCUUUGCUUUCUUUUUUUCCCUUUUUUCCUUUUACAAUAUUUUCUUCCAUGCAUCUUUUUAUUUCUUUCUUUCAUUCUUUCUUUUUACAAUCCGUUCUUUCUUUCUUUCUUUCUUUCUUUCUUUCUUUCUUUCUUUCUUUCUUUCUUACAAUCUGUUCUUUCUUUCUUUCUUUCUUUCAGCUCUUGUCCCCCUUCUUUCUUUAUGUAAUCUCUUCUUUCUUUCUUUCUUUCUUUCUUUCUUUCUUUCUUUCUUUCUUUCUUUCAGCUCUUGUCCCCCUUCUUUCUUUAUGUAAUCUCUUCUUUCUUUCUUUCUUUCUUUCUUUCUUUCUUUCUUUCUUUCUUUUUUUCUUUUCCCCCUUUUUUCUUUCAGCUCUUCUCUUGUCCCCUUUCUUUCUUUUUUUAUGUAAUCUCUUCUUUUUCUUUUCUUUUUCUUUCUUUUCUUUUCUUUCUUUCUUUCUUUUUCUUUCAGCUCUUGUCCCCUUCUUUCUUUUAUGUAAUCUCUUCUUUCUUUCUUUUCUUUUUUCUUUCUUUCUUUCUUUCUUUUUUUCUUUCUUUCUUUUCAGCUCUUGUCCCCUUCUUUCUUUAUGUAAUCUCUUCUUUCUUUCUUUUUUUCUUUCUUUCUUCAGCUCUUGUGUCCCCUUCUUUCUUUUUGUAAUCUUUCUUUCUUUCUUUUUUUUUUCUUUCUUUCUUUCUUUCUUUCUUUCUUUCUUUCUUUCAGCUCUUGUCCCCCUUCUUUCUUUAUAUCUAUCUAUCUAUCUAUCUAUCUAUCUAUCUAUCUAUAUCUGCAGAGAGAGAGAAUAG